GAUAGAUCAAAAAAGAAGAUGUUGUUGGGAUAACCUUAACAUAUUUCGUUAUUUUGUUCAAAUUUGAAUAAGACUAAUGAGAUAAAACAGUUUUUAAUUUUAACUACAAUAUAUUCCACUAAAGAUUAUCCAUGGAAAAAACAAUUCCUAGCAGACACCGAAAAAGGAGUUCGCCCAAGAAUCCCAAGUUGGCUGGAAAACAAAAAGUAAAUACAAGACAAAAGAAAUCUACAAAGAAAAUUAAUAAUGAUCGUGAAGCAAUAAGUACUAUGCCGCCGGAAACAAAUAAAACUAAGUCUGAAAAAGAAAAUAUACUACCUUGCAUAUAUUCCUAUAACUGGGAAGAAUUUAAAGAUAGAUUUUUUAAUACAGAACCAGAUACUAGUAACGUAAAGUUGAAAAAAUGCUUAGGGAAAAUGCAAGGUCAGGAUAACAUAAUACAUUUCACCGCAUUACAGUAUACGAGAAAAGCAAUAAUCGAUUGCUUGUUAAAAAGACAAUGGGACAAUUUGGUAAAACUCUUACAAUUGCUGUUUCAGAGAUCCGGUGAUCCAAUAUUUGUAUUACUUCUACGUAAUGUAUGCGAAAUACUCAAAAAUUUCCAUCCAUACAUAAAUUCAACAAAUAUAGGAGACGAAAUAAAUUUAGUCAAGGAGAAAUAUAGUCAAAAAAGAUUAGCUGAUGAUUAGCAUGCAAUUGUUUCUAGAUGAGACUGUUUAAUUUAAAUUGUAUUUUUGACAAAAACCUUAAUAAAAAAAGUGCAAUUUUUU